GGCUCCCGGCGGGCGGCGCUGCUGCGUUGCUCUGGGAGGCGCCGCGGGGCCGGGCGCGGAGCUGCGGGCUCGGGGGUGUGAGCGGCCGGGCAGGGCGCCCCCAGGAUGCUGCGGUUCCUGCGCAGGACCUUUGGCCGGCGGUCGAUGCAGCGCUACGGGCGAGGAGCCGGGCGCGGAGCCGGGCGAGGUGGGCUCGGCGGCGAGGGGGACGAGCGGGACGGGGGGCUGCGAGGAGCGGCCGCCGCCGCCGUCGGCUCGGGAGCCUUCCCCUCCUCGCCGCUCCCCGGAGGGGUCGUGCACGGCGCCGGAGCGCCCGUCCACAUCCCGGCGGCCGGCGGCAGCAAGCCGGUGCUGCAGUGCCGCGUCCUUCUCCUGGACGGGACCGAAGUCAACGUGGAGCUGCCGAAAAAUGCAAAGGGACAGGAGUUGUUUGACCAGAUUGUGUAUCAUUUGGACCUUGUAGAAACGGAUUACUUUGGCCUGCAAUUCAUGGAUGCUUCCCAAAUUACACACUGGUUGGACCAUUCAAAAUUCAUUAAGAAGCAAAUAAAAAUUGGACCUCCGUACACGUUGCAUUUUCGAAUUAAGUACUACUCAUCAGAACCGAACAACCUUCACGAAGAGUUUACAAGGUACCUGUUUGUAUUACAGCUCCGGCAGGACAUUCUUUCAGGGAAACUGAAAUGCCCAUAUGAAACUGCUGUUGAACUAGCAGCUCUGUGUCUUCAAGCUGAGUUGGGAGAGUGUGAGCACCCUGAGCACACACCAGAGCUCGUGUCUGAAUUCAGGUUUGCACCAAACCAGACUGAAGCAAUGGAAUUUGACAUUUUUCAGAAAUGGAAAGAGUGCAGGGGAAAGAGCCCAGCGCAGGCUGAAUUGUGCUACUUGAACAAGGCUAAAUGGCUAGAAAUGUAUGGUGUAGAUAUGCAUGUAGUUAAGGGAAGAGAUGGUUGUGAAUAUGCUCUUGGACUGACACCAACAGGCAUAUUGAUCUUUGAAGGAGCCAACAAAAUAGGCUUAUUCUUUUGGCCUAAAAUCACAAAAAUGGACUUUAAAAAGAGCAAACUAACGCUCGUGGUUGUAGAAGAUGAUGAACAGGGCAGAGAGCAAGAGCACACAUUUGUUUUCCGGUUAGACAGUGCCAAAACGUGCAAACAUUUGUGGAAGUGUGCGGUGGAGCACCAUGCUUUCUUCAGAUUGCGAGCCCCAGCAAAUAGUAAAUCUAGUAGAUCCGACUUCAUAAGGCUGGGAUCACGCUUCAGAUUCAGUGGGAGGACAGAAUAUCAAGCAACACACGGGACGAGAUUACGCAGAACUAGUACAUUUGAAAGAAGGCCCAGCAAGAGAUACCCUUCUCGGAGGCAUUCCACUUACAAGGCAAACAAUCCUGUGAAAGCAGCACAACUGUGUGCUAAAAGUACUCCUGAAGUCCAUAACUACCAGCCCCAGUAUCAUCCUAAUAUACAUCCUGCUCAGCCACACUGGCAUCCACACACACCUGUGAAUGUAAGGCCACCCUAUCAUGAUGACAGGCCCUGUUGGAAACCCCCCACAAGUGGAGAGGACAGCAUUUUACGGUAUAUCCAGGAACAGAACCAGAAGAAUUUAGGAGGAGUCCAAAGCAUGGUGUACCAAGAUAAACUCAUGACGACUCUCUGAAAAAGAGCCAUCUUCAUUUCACCUGCCAUCUUAGACAUCAUUGCAUUCCAUGGUCCUUGUCUGUCUGCAGUAUGUUCAAAGUGUAUUGUGCAUAAAGUGUGUGUCUUUGUAUGUACAUCCAUCCUUGUUUAGUGUUUGUGGACAUUCUUGGGAAAAGUGCUUUCCAUAUCUUCGUUAAAAAAAAAAAAAUCUUGAAAAACCUUUUUUGAAUUCUGGUAAGAAUUUUCAGUGCCCUGAGACCAGAAAUAUUUCUGGGUGUUUUCAUUCUACCCUAGUUUCAAAUCUGUGACCCUCUGCCUGCUGUUGAAGAUCAGACAUUUGUGCCUUAGUUAUUUUUAUUACCUCAUUUCUUUUGAGUCAAAUUAAUAGACUGAGAACUUUGGUUUUUAGUGGCAUGCAAAGAGGAGCUUGGAGGGAGGAAAAAACAUACUGGCAAUCAAAUUGGCUUGUGGGCCACCAACAAAGGGAGCCUACUGAGGCAGUCAUACAUUUGGAUGUCAUUUGUUUCUAGUUUUGUGUUCUGCAGAAGAAAAUAGAGGUGCUUACCUAACUUUGAAGACAAGUAUAGGGAAAGAACAGUGUAAUAAAUUUCACAGAGUAUGUAUAUCUUUUUUACUUCUUAUAUUGAUAGCAUUCCCCGAAACCAUACUUGCUGCUAUAAAGGCAAGAAUGUUAAAAAUUAAUCCUUGCUAAAAGGGUGCUGCUGUAAUCUUAUUUUUAAUGUGAUUAUGGAAGUGAGCGUUAUAAUUACAUAAAACUACCUACUGGUAACUUUUCUCUGAGUGGGCUCAGAAACACAACAUAUAAUCAGUGCAUUAAAAAUGAGGACAUUCCAGUGGAAUAGUUCUAUUUUUUUUAAGUUAGACAUUUGUGAAGUUGAAUGUAUAUUUUGCAGAUCUAGGAUUUUGAAUUGGAUUGGCUGGUAUUUUGAUCACUUGCAGACUUUUUUUGUUAUCUUAAAACCAAAAAUCACAGUGCCAUCUUCACUCGUGCAUUUGUUUUAGUUAGACCUUACAUCAGUGGUCUCUCUGAAGUUGUUGGAAUGGAUGAAUCUUCAUUUGGGAUGUUUUCAAAAUGAAGUAGUUUUUAACUUGAUUUUGAUAAAUACACAUUUAUAAAUGGCUAUAGUGAAUUUUUGCAGAGCAAAUUUGAUAGUUUAUAACUUUUUGUGAAAUACAUUUGUUUACAAAUGCUAUCUUUUAUUAUUUGCUUUGAUCUUUCCUGUAUGUGCUAAGUACAAAUAAAAAAUGUCAAUCUUGUUGAUCUGGUUAUGAUGCAUUAUUUAUUUUUGAAUGAUUUUGGGGGAGGGUGGGUAGAUAUGCUUGUACCUGAUUUCCCCUGUAGUUACUAAUGCUGUAGUGGAUCAAUGCUUCCAGUACAAUCUGUAGAGAGGGGAAGACAAUAAAGCAAUUAUGCACUGAGAUGUGAAAAUGGCAAAGUAAGCCUAAGGUGUGUAAUCACAGAGGCUGGCUUUGGUUUCUCCAGACUAGUCUUCCUCUAGUUCAGCAGCAUUUUAUUUAAGAAAGGAAGAAAGAGAAACUUUGUUGGAGCCACUGGAACAAGAGUCUAGUUCAGCUGCUGCUCUGAAAGCACUCUGGAGGAUGGUUCUUUGAAUACUCACAUUGAAGUGUGGGGCAAUGGUGCUUUAUUAUUUACACACCUACAUUCAUAAUACAGUAUCAUUCUUGUCAUAUAAUCUUGUCAGCUUCCAUGUGCUUUGUUGCCAGUGUUCCACCUCAUCCUGUGUUGCUAUGUGUGGUUUGGUUUGUUGCUGAAGGUGCACGGAACAAGGGAUCCAUUCCCUGACAGACUGCAAGAAAAGACAGCUCAAGGCCCAGCUGGUCCUGUAAGUGUUAAAAAGCCUCAGGCACAUUGGUGAAGAACAACCUGUGGGCCUUGUGUACUCUGCACUUUGUGUGUGUUGCCUCAAGGGAAGCACUUGUCAUUCUGCUCCUCUGGAGAAGGAGCCCACACAUUCUGCACUUGCUUUUCACUUGUUCAUUCCUCAUCCUCCCUGCUGCCUGCAGAAAUCCAAACCAGGCAAGUCACGGAGCAAUCAGCUAGGUAAGAAGAGAUCAGUGUUGCUAUCCCUUUAGACAUAGUUGGCUUCCUGUAGCAAAUGGGCUGGGAUGCAGUUGGAAAGAGGGAGCGCAUCUGCCUGAUACCUCUCUGACCCCAGUACUGCUCUUACCUGUGCAGCUUACACCACCCGAACAAAGGUGGAUAUGAGUGGUAUCUGCCUGAACAGGGUAGUAUAAAAGAGUUGCUUUAAAUAUUAAAAAGCACAUUGGUGAUUUUUUCCUAAAAUUAGCAUAGUCAUAACUCACAACAGAUUAUUUUUAACAAGUCAUAGAGGUCUUGUGAUGCUAAGAUUACAAUUUUUUGUUUGAAGCAACACAAAACCCUGCAGCUGAAACCAGAUUACAUGUAGAGAGGGGAGAGAAGAAAACUGGAAAAUGUUUGGUUAAGUCUGUUGUUAAAUGCAGCAGCAAUUUUUACUUAAAAUAUUGGGAAAGUUCUGUCAAAAAAAUCAAUACUGCAUCUUAAUUUUGUGCUGCUUCAGGAGUCCUCUGAUAGUUUAUAGGCACAAACACAAUAUAGGCGCUUGAUGGUCCUGGUAUGUGAGUGUUUAUGCACUGAAUGACUGAAUUUCUUCACCUAGGAGUUCCUCAUGAGGAAAUGCUGCACAGUUUUUACCAAAAAGCAUGCUACACAGUUAUUCUAAGUCAAUGCAUUUUAAGUGUGUUCUAAAUAUACACAGGGAAGUUUGGAUGGUUUUUUUUUUUUAAUUUUGAAGAUUGCUAAAAGGAGGUAACACCACCCAAAUCCAAAUGAAACAUGUUCUCAGGGGUACCCAUUGAACUGCAUGUGCAAAACUUCCUCCACCCUGUUCUGAAGUGUGUUUGCUAUCUGAAACCUUUUUACAAGUCCAGCAUACACUUAGAAACUUCUGUAAUUUGAUUACAGGUGAUAAACACUAUCCUUGGAUCAGCUUGGGUGGGGGGAUGGAGGGGAAGUCUGAGUAUAGCAAUAGGUCUUGCAGAAAUUACACUGAUCUGAAGUCCAACAUGGAAUCGCUUCUUCCAUGUGCUGGAGAAUCAAUUAAUACAACCUGGCUGAGGGUAUCUUCUGAUCAUCUCUCUGCACACCUUCCUCCUGUGCUUAAUAAAGCUGGAAACCAGGUCUUCCAUAGCAGAGCUUAGGCCUGGCUCUAUGCUCUGUAUAUUUGGAUUUGCAGAGGGAUUAUCUUGGCCUUGUAAUAACCAUAAUGCUAUGUCUUCUCCCCCAGGAACUGCUGGGAGAAUUGAAAAGCUGGUGACUCUGAGCCACCACAUCUGUAACACAAGCUGAAAUAUAUCGCUUUUCACCCUCAGCCAGGCCCUGGCAUGCAAACUAAUGACUAAUAUUUAAUACUGAAAUAUGAUACCUGAAAUGCAAUACUGAAACUGUUGUCACUUUGAAUAUAUUGUUUUAGUGUGGGCUUUUUCAUCAAACUUUCAUUUUCAGCUAUUUUUUUUCUAGUUGAUGUGAGUCACAGGCAUAGUGAACAAAGGGAUCAGGUUUUAUAAUGCAUUUCUAAAGCUGGCAGUCAGGGGCUUGCAUACUUAAAGGAAAGAAUUAAGUCUUUCUGGACCCUGUUAUCAUUGAACCCAUGUGCAAACUGACCAAGAGGAUUGUUUUUUCACAUUAAGAAUGGCAACAAGGCAUAUAUUAUGGCCUGGUGAUGUAAAAUGUGAUUUUCUAUUCCUCUGAAUGAGCACUGCAGAAGAUGUCUUUUCAGCUUGCAAGAGAAAGAGUGGCAGCGCUUGCAAGUAAUUUUGAAAAUGGAACUUCAGGUGCAGGCAAGGAAUGAGCUGGGGAACAUCAAAGGCAGCAGGAGAAAAAUGAAACCAACGCUAUCACCUGCUUCUCAGGCCUCAAAGUUGGCAAGAUGGGGCUCUCUGAGAGGAGACAGUUCAGCACUGCAAUCAUCUCUUUAAAUAGGAGAAAUCUUUUCAGUUUGUAUAUCAAGCAGGCAGGCUUCUACCUACAUCAAAGGAGAGAAGUUUUGAUGCACAUCCAUCGAACCUGACACUGCAGUUCUCUGUUGGCAAUAGAAGGUUUUCCUAUUACUCUGCAACAGGGAACCAAGGAAAACAGACUUGUAGAGCCAAUGCUGUAAUUGCAGCAUUGCUAAUGGCAACUAGAGACUGCUGGUUCCAGAGCUGCUACAGACCAGCAUUAAUGGACAUAAAUUAGAAAAUGUAAUUUUUUUAACUGACCUCAGACUGUGUGUUGUGCUUUGAAGGGGAUCCACCAGGACCCUGGCUUCUUUUGUUAAUACAGAAGUUUCAUGUGAACCUUGAGAACCAGCUUGAACUAACAGUCUGCACCCUAACCAAACUUUUGCUCUUUUGCUACAUUGUGAGGAUGUAGAUUUUGAACUGUUUCAUAAUAAAUACCUUUUUCCUAUGUUACAGUCAAAGUGCACAUGGUUUGAAAAUCACAGUGCUCUUAUGCUGCUCCCAAAUUUUAGUGUCGAAGAACCUGCAGGAAAAUCAGUCCUUCUCAGCAGGCACAUAGAAAAAUGCGGCUUUUGGAAAAAAAACAAUCCUAGUCAAAUCAGAUCAGAAAAAAAACAUGUAAAGAGGUGGGCCAUACUUUUCUGUCUACCUCCUGCAGUACAUAGCAAAGCAGAGUGUGAUAGUCCUGAAAACAUUGUUUGACUUUCCUUGUUUUCUACCUGCUGUUGUACCUUGAAGUGGCUGGCUGAAGAGUUUCCCUUCCUCAGGACAUGUGCUGUUGCCUUUGUUGCCACUGCAUCACCAAAAGAAAUCACAAUAAACAAACAAAAAAAUCCAAAAAAAAAAACAAAACCCAAAAGAAACGCAGAUAAUUCAGUUGGAGUUCUUCCAUUGGUAUGAAUCAUUUCCCGUAAUAAAGCUCCAGAGUAAAUGCUGUUCUCAAGCACUUACUAAUGACUGUUUCAUGACUGUGCUGUAAAGCAAAACAACUUACAUUCACAGAGCUGACUUCAUAAGUGUUAAUCUGAAUUUAAUUGUAAAGUUCACGUGUCAGGCCUCCCUGUGUGCUGUCCCCUGCAGAUAUGAGUAUCUUGCUAUGGAAAGUACAAGCAUGUCUGUAAUAACUUGCAUACUGAAUUUAAUUUAUGCAUGUAAUAUACUUUCAGUUUUGGAUGGGAAGAAGAGAUUUAAAAAACACCAGAAACCUUUCUCUUCCAUCCAGUUUUUCUGAAGAUGACUUUUUUCCCCUUCAGUUAGAAUCUUGUCAGACUUGGCACACAGAUUGGUGGAGAUAAGAAUUUCCACCAGCCAGACACAAUGUUACUUCUUUGUUUUGUUGUUUUUGCAUAAUAGCUUCCUAAUGGCUGUGGGAUACUCCUUUGGGUUUGGUGGCUUAUAUUCUAUGAUUUGUUGCCUGUAUCUCUUCAGAAGCAAUCUAGUUUGUCACUAGCAGAAGCAGUUAUGAUGACUGCCUUAAUCAUCACGCCCUCUCAGAACUGAGGGAUCUGCCAAUUUAAAAUUAAGAUAAACGUUGAGCUGUGGCUAUGGGAACCAGUGGAAGUGCCCCUAGGGUUCUGUUUUCAAAUUGCCACCACAAUUAUAUUUCCACCAUAAACAUACUAUCUUUGUAAUAUGGUUGAUUAUUUUUCUUUUCCAUUUUCAUCUUUCUCUUUCUUUUCCUCUUCCCUUUCCUCUUUAAGCACUAGUAGUAAGACCUUUAUCGUUAAAACUAUCAAACAGCAAAAUCUGCAGCUCAUUACAUGAAAGAUGAUGUUUUGGAUUACACAAGAACAAAUGUUUUGUACAAGAAUAGUUUGGAAAACCUCUAAUUCCUGGCUUACCAAUGUCUUAUGUUGAUGAAUUAUAAAAAUUGCUAUUUCUUUUUUUUAACUGAGGCAAUGAAAAAAAUUAUCUACUUUCCGGUCACAAUGAAAAUGAAAGAAUUAGCCGCACCUAAUUAGAAGUAGGAAGUACUGAUCUAAUGCAAUUAAACUCCGGAUAAGAAGCUAAUUAUUUAUAAGUUACUUUUUCCUCCCUAAACCUAUAACAAUCUGUGCUGGAGUUAUAAUCACAGUAGCUUACCUGCCAUUACCAAUUUCUGCAAUUUUGUCUUCCUUAGAGAAGUAGAAAUACAAAUCAUUAAUGAAUCUCCAUUGCUCUCUAAAUUGUGUAAUUGCACCGUAAUGAACUCAGUAUCAAAACAGAUGUCAGAGUGGCUGCAUCUUUUCAUCUCCAGGGGCCAAGGCCCUGAAUAUUGAGGCCUUGCUGGCAAGCAGCAGAGCCAACAUCACGGUGCCUCCAAGCUGAGUCUUUCUCAUGAAUAGGAAUAUAGCAGUCAAACAGGAAGGAAGAGCUCAGGAAAAAAAUGGGUCAGGCAAACAAAAAACUCACGUAAAGGGUUUAGGCGAAGCAGAAUUUUACAGCGUUAUGUGCAAAAGAAAGGAACUAGAAAAUGAGAAGCAAUGGAUUCUCCUAGAAACUCUGAUAAUGGAGAAGAGGAAUGAAAGCAGCAAGGGAGCUUUGUGAUUUCAGCGUCUGUGUCUUGAGUACCUGGGGCUUUCUCAAUCAGUAGCACUGCGGAUUUGAAACAAACUUCAAGGAACUUGAAUGUAAAAUUGGAUGCUGCUUCUGUAUCAAAAUUUCGAGCCCGGGAGGCCUUUGUUUGUUAUUACUCAUUUUUAGUUUCAAUUGCUGCAUUUAAUGUUUGUGUCUCGUUCUCUAUUUCUGA